CGACAAAAACGUGCAUACCACGAAAGAAUUUAAAGAAGCGACUCGGCGGAAAGCAGCAGGUCUAAUUAUUACUCUUUACUUCUGUGGUAGUACUGUUGAUCUGUCGCGCCGUUGACGCGACUUUCGAGUCCGCGCGCGACUUGAAUGAUCGAAAGUGAUCAAGGCCUCGGUGCAGUCUGAUAUGCGCUGCGAGAUACCGCACUCGAUCUGCACCGCGAUUAAUUUACUAAUAGAUAAGCAAGUUUUAGACUACAAUGUCAUCCGACUCGGACAGAGGCUCCGAUGCUGCACCAACCAGCCUACAAGAUGCGAUUCAGCAUCUCGAAGCAGUCUCGUUUUUGCCAUCAAAGCAGCGAUACACGGAUGCUGGGCAGUUAGCCAGAACAAUAGCAACACAUGCCUAUGAGAGCGGAAUUCCCCAGUCUGGCCUAGAACAUCUGCUUCAGGUCCUUACGAAGAGUAAUCAACUUGACCAGGGAACAAUUACUAUCCUAGUUAAGAAUCUCUACCCGCAGGAGAGGAUAUCCUCCAAGACUGUCACGCAAGUUGUGUGCUGCCUUGGCCCUGCUAAAACAAAACCUAGUCCCGCAACGCAGGCUUUGCUUUUGCGAUGGCUGAUUCUCGUAUACGAUUUUCUCGAUGAUCGGUCUCAUCUAGCGAAACUAUACGCGGUUCUCUUUAACCACCUUGAUAUGUUAAGCUUACGGAAGCCGUUGUGUCAUCUACUCUCGUUAAUUACGAGACGGAAACAUGUCAAGCCUUUCAGAAUCCAGGCUCUUAUGGAGCUUCUUGGUGCUGCUGGAUGCGAUGAUAAAGAGCUUCUCACUCUCUUGAAAGCUUUCAAGAACUACUGUCCCGAUGUAAUUGUGGGAGAUCUUGGGUCUUCGGGAAGAAAGGCACUAUUCUUCAAGCACCCAGAUCUUGAGUGGACAGCCCACGUGCGACAAAUCCAAGAAACGCAUUCGGAGCGACUUCAAGCUGCGCAGCCAUCAACUUUCCAGGUAGUGCAUCGUGGUAUGGUUAAGAGAGGCAAAAUGGAGGUCAUUGUACCUGCUGUACAAACAUCGCGGGUCUCAUUAUAUCAUACUGCGCUUGAAGAAUUGCGCAGUGUGGACCACUUUGUCGAAAGACUUGAUCGAAUCGAAAUACCUAACCAAAUCAUCUCCAUGAUGGGAGAUCCCUUGGCUCAGAAGUAUCUCUUCCUGACUCAGUCCGACGCUGCACAUCGUCGUCUGAAUGAUUGGUUGAAAAGCUUCCUUGAUGAUCAAUUGGAGCACAUGCACGAGAACGAUCACGAAGGGACCGAGUCGCUUGGGUACAUUAUGGAUCUUGCACUCAACUAUGCGCAAUAUACAAAGGAAAUUCCCCACCCGUUGGUUCCAUUCCUUAAGCAAUAUAUCCUUUCGUGGGACGGCUACGACAAUCAAGACAGAGUGCUCCUUUUAUUGUCAUAUUUACCACUUCAGGAGUUCAAAGACCUGCGAGAAGAGUUCCUGGGCCACCUAGAGGUUUCAAUAUUAGACGGCACACCUCGCUCUCAAGUGACCCUACUCGACUUCUACUCUUCGCUAAUUCACCAAUGGGGCGUACGUUUGAGAUCUCAACCGCUCAGCGCUCGUGAAUUCAAGCCACUGGGCCGCCUUAUCUCACACGCAGAAUUGUUGGCUCUAUCGAGUCUCGAAUCUACAAUACAGCGUACGGCAGAGGUUGAGCCCGAAGGACAAAAACCUGCUACACUGUCCGUCCUUGAAUUUUACUGCACAUUAGCCGAACUGUUUUCGCAUGCACCUUUGAACAGGAGCAUCCGUCUUACUAUCCCCCUCGCUCCAACAGUUUAUACCCUUGUCUUUACCCCGAUAAGCUCCGUUAUGUCGAUUAUGAGCUCAGUACUCGCUACCUACAAAUCGUCAUUCGAAGCUUCUCUCACUUCCCCCGCCCUACAGAUUCCACAUGCGACCGAAUCAUUAUAUCCGACAGACCUUGUGGGUCAAUUCAACGGGUACAUCAUGGAUAUCUGCAACUUGAUCUGGCGCAAUCGCGGACUCAACUCUGAUGACCCGAACGCACUAGGUUGCUUGAUUCCGGCACCCAUUGUCAACGCCCUGACGCGCUUUAUCCGUAAUCUGAACGAUAGUUCACGGGAGAGAAAGCGAGAUGUCAACUUCUUCUACACCAUAUCCUCAGUAUUUUCGCUGAGCCACCAUGUCGCUCUAUGCAAUAUGUCUGCAGCGUGUUUUGCGGAUAUUGAGGAGAACAAUGGCAUUGAUGAGAGUCAACCAAGGUUGCAGAAACCUGUGACUCAGAAAGCACUCAGUGCCCUCGAGAAAGAGGGAGGCUUGAAGCUGACCUGGCAGGAGUAUCGUGUUCGGAUGCUUGAUUGGUUGGAUGCAACAGGAAAUGUGGGCAUUGGAAAUCUGAUGCGCAGCACUAUGAAAGCUUUGAGGAAAGAGUAAUAGCUGCAGAACUCAAUGAUAGUCGCUGUAUAUCAUGCCGAGC